AUAGGAAAACGGAAAAUGACGGCUUACAGAAAUAUGAGAGUAGUAAUUCUUGCGUGCCAGCUUUGCCUCAUUCUGAGGAUUGAGGCCCAGAUACCACCUCCUUGCAUAGGCAGCAGUUCAACAAGACCUCCAGAAAAUUCGGACAUAAAUGUGACCUGUGGCUCUGAGUAUAUGUCCCUGCGCAUCUACCUUUGUCCGAUGUACCAAGCUCUAUACAAUGAGACUCAGAUGGUCCUCAAUAAUCAGAUAAACAAACCGCAGUGCUAUGGGACUCCUGACUGGACCGCCAACCCGCCAGUUUUAACGUUCAGAUUCCCCCUGAAUGACAGUUCUAUCUCAUCCUGCAAUAAUAAGUUGGAGAUAACCAAUAAGGCUGGGACUGGAGAUUUUGCUGACUUCUCGAACGUCCAGUUCGUCAACAUCUCUGGCGCUGUUACCUCGAUAGACCCGUCUGUGUCCAUCACCUAUCGCUCUCUGCUCCUGUACAUGUACUCCUGCGCUUACCCGAUGCAGUACAUCGUGAACAACACUCAGCUGAGCGUUUCAGGUAUGAAUCUUGCCAUACAAGACAACAACGGCAGCUUCAUCAGCACACUGAGUAUGCAGCUCUUCCAGGAUGACCUCUACACACAGAAACUUGCCAUCCCACCAACUGGGCUAAACCUGAAGACCAAGAUCUUUGUUAUGGUUAAGGCCACCAAUCUGACAAACAAGUUCAACGUGUUGCUGGACAGAUGUUUCGCAACAACAAGUCCUUACGCCGUGCGGACCACCUUUUAUGACCUCUUUGUUGGGUGCCAAAAAGACCCUCAAACCAAAGUGGAGCUGAAUGGGGUGUCCCAGAGUGCAAAAUUCUCCUUUGAGGCCUUCAGAUUUGUGCAGGACAACGGAAAACCAAUUUCCACUUUCUUCAUACACUGCGUCACCAGGCUGUGUGAGGUGUCCUCAUGUAGCCAAUUACAGCCGGUUUGCAAUGGAGCCGGAAGGAGAAAGAGAGAGGCACCAGAUGUGUCGCCCAACGCUACAUUAACCUCGCCUGUCAUUCUUGUGGGGAAACAAAGCACCGAAGAUGCUCAGAAUUUUGCUGCUUCCUACGGCGUAUCAUCUGAGAGCAACUACAGCGGCCCCGUGGUCGGUGUUAUUGUCUGCGUGGUGAUCUUAUCUAUUCUUCUCGUCGCCAUGGCUGCCUACUUUGUGGUGACUGUCAGAAGAAGAAAAUCAAUCGCCCGCUAACAUGCACAUCAUGACAUCUCAGCACAUCACCCUCUAAAAUGCAUGGUCAUUCCUGCCAAAUGACAAACAAUAAACAUUAUACUUCUGUCUUUCUACUAUUCUCCAUGUCAUGAACAGCUUUAUGACAAGAUGAUUUAGCAUUCAUCUAUACUUAUAAUAACCAAAUCACGUAGUUUAUUAAUGUGGAGAUAAGGGGAUAGAAUUUGCCUGCAUUAUAAUUUGGUGUUAGUCUUAAUCAAGUUGUCAGUCCUAUUGUCAUAUUUUAUAAACGGUGAUAACCUUUGUAAUCAGUUAGAGGUUGUGUACUCGGGAACUUUUAAAAGGUUUAAAUAAGAAUGAAGAAAGUGCCAUCUGUAUUCUUUGAUCAUAAAAAUAAAGAUGAAAAAAUUAUGAAGUCCUA